UCACAACUCACAAGACUCACAAACACGGCGGUAAUCGAUCUGAGCGGACGCUGGAACUUCCCUGGAAUUUCUUCGCCAGGAAAUCCUCGAAUCAAUCCUCGCCCCCACUCGCCUCGCUCCACUUCGAUCCAUUCUCAAUACAGAAUGGUUGUGGCAAAGAGUAAUAAACAAAAAGAAAUCGCUUUAUGGCUGGAACUAAAAUCAGAGUGGGGACGAGUACUUAUUGGCGCAUGUUUAUUGAUAUUAGCUUUUGUCAUUAUCACAAAUAAUGAGCAAGAAGCGAUCCAAAACACAAAAUCUCUGUCGACAUUAUUUCAAAAUUUGAGGGUAGUAACUGACAUAAAUAAAGUCGAAUCAAUCAAUGAAGGGUCUUUGGUUUAUUUAGCUGGGGAAUUGCACGUCGAUGAACCACUUACAGAACCAGAUUACGGCAUAUCUGUUCCUGCUGUAUGCUUAAAACGCAGAGUUCAAAUGUUCCAAUGGAUUGAGUAUGAAGAGUCGCCAAAAAAAUACACCUAUCAGACUGACUGGCGGGACAAGCUAAUCGAUAGCAGCAACUUUCACAUGCCAGUUGGACACCAGAACCCCAGCAAAUUUCCAUUGACAAGUAAACUGUACAUAAGUGAAGUCGUGAGAAUCGGUACUUAUGUAUUCAGUGUCAAUAUAAAGAAGAAAUUCGCCGACUUCAUGUUAAUAACAAGCGACGAAAGACCAGAAAACAGAGAUAUUAAACUUCAUGCUGGACUCUACUAUCAUACAUCUGACGUUUGGAAUCCUGAAGUGGGUAAUAUCAGGGUGCAGUUUUCCUUCGCUGGCAUGUCUGGCGAUAUGGUUAGUAUAAUUGCAAGGCAGAGCGGAAAAAUGUUGGGGCAGGAUGGCAUUAUUUUGCUUUCGAAGGGAAAGGUGUUGCCAGAUGCUAUGAUUAAAGACGAACACAACAGAAAUGUGUGGUCGGUUAGAUUUUAUAGAUCGCUAGGCUGGCUCUUUUUAUACAUUUCCUCUCCCUUCUUUGCUGUAUUUACAAGAUACACAGCAUCAAGAUACAAAACUGUCUACAAUUUUCUAAUCUUGGACGGACUCCUCUCAGCAAAUAUUGUAUAUGCGUCUAUUGUUUUUACAAUAAUAAUUUCUCAAAUUUGGUAUCUGUACGAUAGAUCAAUUGGCCUUUGCAUUAUCUUGGCAUUUCAACUUCCAUGGCUUAUUUAUGCUAUUUAUAAAAAGUGUAAGUUACUUUUGAAGAAAACUCGAAAUCAAUAAAUAAUGUCACUGUGCAAUAUGUAAAUAAAUACGAUUUUCUAGAAAGAAUUAUUUAUAUUUUUAAAUGAUUUGUUGAUAUAAUUAAAGCAAUGGUAAAACUAUUAAGUAAUAUUUAAUAAUUCUGCCCCAAAUAUAAUUUAAUAUUAAAAUUUUCACUAAAAUAAUUAAAUUAACAUAAGAAAACUAGUAUUUAGUGUACACCUAUUACACAUCAAAUUACUGAAGAGUUGUCAGAUGGUAUUAUAUUAAAAGAAUAAAUAAAACUACAAUUACAUUGUAAAAAAAAUUGCCAAAUAAACUCUAGAGUAAUCUUUGAGUAUGAAAUUGGAAGAAAGUAUCUCUUGUAGAAAAAUUGUAAUUUGUUAUGUAUUUCAAUUAUUGUAACAAAGCCAAAUUGGAAAUGUAUGUGAUAACAAUUUUGAUUGUGAAUGAUCUCAUAACAUAAUAGAGAAAUAUUAUUUUCAAUAUUACGUAUUGUUCGUAAUUUUACAUCUUUAAUGGUUAUGUUAUUUGAUGAAUG